CGCAAUCGAAGUACAGGAGACACAAAACUCAACGGCACGAGAGCCAAUCUUCCACGUCGUAGCAGGACUCUUCUCAUCGUCCAUAAAGAAAAGCCUCGCUAGGCAGAUCGACGAUCGCCAUGUGCGCGUGCAGGUGCAGAGGUGGCCGAGAUGGAAAUGGCCAGUGCCGCUGGAGGUGUGCCAAAGAAGCUGGACGACGAUCCGGCGGCGCACGCCGCGGAGCCGUGGCCGCCGGCAGCGAGGGAGGAGAAGAAUAAGCUGUGGCGCCGGGUUUUGCUCGUCGGCAGCCUGGUGACUCUGCCGCUCGUCGCCUUCUUCGUGCUCGGCCGGGAGAGCGCGUCAACGGCCUGGCUGCAGAUGGCUAUUGCCAAGCUCACCGCCAUGAACAAUGGAACAGCAGGGUUCACAGAGGGUCCUCACGUGCACGGCCGUGACGAGCUUCUUGGAGGGCUGCUCGCUCCGGGCAUGGACCGGCGAGCGUGCCGGAGCCGGUACCAGUCAUGGCAGUACUACAAGCACUUCCCCUUCGCGCCGUCGCCGCACCUCCUGGCCAAGCUGCGCGCGUACGAGGCUCGGCACAGGCGGUGCGCCCCCGGCACGCCGUUGUACGCCAAGUCCGUCGAGCAGCUCCGGUCCGGCCGCAGCGCCGACGACAUGGAGUGCGCCUACAUCGUGUGGCUCCCCUUCGACGGCCUGGGCAACCGCAUGCUGUCCAUGGUGAGCGGCUUCCUCUACGCGCUGCUCACCGACCGCGUCCUCCUCGCCGCCGUGCCCCCGGACUCGGCCGACCUCUUCUGCGAGCCGUUCCCGGGCGCGACGUGGCGGCUCCCGGCGGAGGAUUUCCCCGUCGCCAACCUGUUCGGGGUCGGCCAGGACAUUGAUCGGUCGUACACGAGGCUCGUCGGCGACGGCAAGGUCGGCCCCGGCCUGGCUGCUGCGAACGCGACUCCGUCGUACGUGUACCUGAGCCUAGGGUGGCAGCUCAAGGACCCGCUCUUCUUCUGCGGGGAGCACCAACGCGCGCUCGGCAAGAUCAACUGGCUGCUGCUGUACAGCGACCUCUACUUCACGCCGUCGAUGUACGCGGUGGCAGAGUUCCAGGACGAGCUCCGGCGGCUGUUCCCGGAGAGGGAGAGCGUGCACCACCUCCUGUCCCGGUACCUACUCCACCCGGCCAACCCCGUGUGGAGCUUGGUCACCAGGUACUACCGCUCCUACUUGCCUGCGGCGACGCGGAGGAUCGGCGUGCAGAUCAGGAUGUUCGGCCACUCUUCCAUCCCGGCCGACGACAUGUACAACCAGAUCCUUAACUGCUCCAGGCAGGAGCACAUACUCCCGGAAACCGAAGAUGGUGACGAGGAUGCGAUCGACCGGAAUGGUGGCGAUGGCUCCAACAACUCCACGGCCAUCUUGGUGGUCUCUCUGUACGCCGACCACUUCGAGAGACUGAGGUCGAGGUACUACGAGCACGCGGCGAAGGGCGGCGAAAUGGUGGGCGUGUUCCAGCCGACGCACGGGGAGCGGCAGGCGACGGACAACCUGGCGCACAACCAGAGGGCGCUCUCCGAGAUCUACCUGCUCAGCUUCUCCGAGGAGCUGAUCACGUCCGGGCUCUCCACGUUCGGGUAUGUGAGCAGCGGCCUCGCCGGCGUUCGGCCGGCGAUCCUGCUCACUGCGUUCGACCACAAGGUUCCCGAGACGCCGUGCCGGCGGGUGGUGUCCAUGGAGCCGUGCAACCUCACGCCACCCCGGGGCCUCGAGUGCACGGACAAGCCCGCGGACGUGGAGGACCUAGCACGCCAUGUUAGGGUCUGUGAGGAUUUCAACGAUGGGGUCAAGUUUUUUGACUAGGCAGCGCCGUUGACUUCUUCCCUUUGCUUCCAUGUUUGCUCUAUAACACAUUUUUUGCACUAUAGAUGCCGUGUUUGUAGAAAAAAGUUUGAAA